GGUUUACACCACAUUUGUUGCUGAUCUGUACCUGCAGUGUCUUUCGUGGAAGAUUCGCUGUUAUCGAUAAUGUCUGGAAGAGGCAAAACCGGAGGGAAGGCCCGUGCCAAGGCGAAGACCCGCAGCUCCCGGGCCGGUCUGCAGUUCCCCGUGGGCCGUGUGCAUCGUCUCCUGCGGAAGGGUAACUAUGCGGAGCGGGUGGGCGCCGGGGCCCCCGUCUACCUGGCCGCGGUGCUGGAGUACCUCACCGCUGAGAUCCUCGAGUUGGCCGGAAACGCCGCCAGGGACAACAAGAAGACCCGCAUCAUCCCCCGCCACCUCCAGCUGGCCGUCCGCAACGACGAGGAGCUGAACAAACUGCUCGGCGGAGUGACCAUCGCCCAGGGAGGCGUCCUGCCCAACAUCCAGGCCGUCCUGCUCCCCAAGAAGACCGGACAGGCUGCACCAAGCUCCGGCAAGGCGGGAAAGAAGGCCUCGUCCCAGUCUCAGGAGUAUUAGCGGGCUAGCUAAUGAACUCUCACCACCCCCAACGGCCCUUUUAAGGGCCACCCAUUUCUUCUCAAAAGAGUAGCUUUCCUUGUUUACAUUUUCGUCUCUGAGUUUUGGUUGCAUUAUCUGUUAAUUCACUUCAGCGCCUGCAUUUUGAUGAAUAAAACGUUUGUGUUUUGUAAAA